UGUUUGGGCCUUGCUUACAAUUAGGAUCCGGUCGGCAGUAAAUCUUUAAUUUCUGUGCACUUUACGUCGAGAAAUCUUCAAAAAAAAAAAAAAAAAACAAGAUGUCCAAGCUGGGUGCUAUCUUGUUGGUGGGCUUGUGCCUGUUUGUGGCCGUGGCCUUGGCCGAGCCACGCCUUCAGCACGUUCAGGGGCGCAAUCAGGUGCAGGGUCAAAGGGCGCAGCAGCAUCCCUACCUCUUCCUGUCAAUUCCCAAGGGUCGGGCCAACGCCGGCGCCGUCGUCCAGGGCUUCGAAAUUGUCGAGGAGGAAGAUGAUGAUCUACAUGAUGAGGACCAGCACGAUGACGAGACGGAGGAUGACGAGGAACUGGAGCAUCAGCUGGGCCUGAACUUUGCCCGCAGCGGUCUGGCUUACAGGCAGAACCACGCUGAUGACGAACAGGACGAUGAUCAGGAUCAGGAGCAGGAUCACGUUCAGGAUGAGCUGCCCAAGAAGCAGAUGAUGGUUAACCGGGAUCAGGCUGGUGCCAUUAUGGUGCCCGAUGGCAUUAUCGAGAUCGAGGGUCAGAGUGUUCUGGACGAGAAGACCGGCAAGGCGGCUCUCCUAGUGCCUCGUGCCGCCCUAGACGCCAUUCCCGAUGGCGCGGUGGUGGCUCUUAUGGAGCGAUCCGCCUCAUCCGUUGAUGAAAUCGAGGAAGAGCGCGCCAACCGCGUGGUAGUUCGUCGCCGCAAGAACAACGGACGCAGGAACAUUCGCCGCCGCGGCAUCAACAACAACAAUAUCCGACGCCGCCGCCCCGCCCAAAGGCGUCGCCGAGUGGGUGGCAACCGCAGGCGCAAUGUACGCGUCAUUCGCCCCCAAGGCGGCAACCGUAGGCGUGGCAACCAGAGGCGCCGCGGACAGGUCGUAUUCCAGGGUUGAGACACGAAACGAAGGUCGUCCUAGCCCCAUUUCUAUAUAGUAUUAUAGUUAAGAUCCCCUAACGAUCAGGACAAGAAAUUUGAGACACUUGAUGACGAUGCGACAAAUAAAAUGUGAUAUGAAAAUU